GAGAACAAACAAUUGACAUCAUUUCUCAAGAAAGGUGGACGAACAUGAAAGUAGACACCUGCAUUUUACGUGAGCAGCAAGUGCCUACUAAUAUCCAAAAAUAUUUAUGAAUGUAAAGGCCCUAUACUCGUUCUUCGUAGUUAAUCGCUUACACUUUCUCAAUCUCAAAAAUCGCAUAAGGGUACUUAUUGAAUACAUGACGCGUAUCAUGAUUUAUUUUCGCUGUUCACAUUCAACAUCAUCCGAAAAAACGUAAGAACCGUAUAAAAACCCCAUUUGACACAUGACUAACGUAGCUCCAAUCUGGUAUGUCUUUCUGAAUAUUAGAAGAAUUAUAAGUCAGCAACUUGAAGAAACGCCAAGCUCCAAACUCCUCCCUUCCAAGAAAGUAAGACGUUUAUGAUUCACUCGUCGCGGCUUCUCGGAAUUAUCGAC